AGAGUCUCUCUCUGUUGCCAAGGCAACAGUGGUGUGAUCUUGGCCCACUGCAACCUCUGCCUCCUGAGUUCAAGCGAUUCUCCUGCCUCAGUCCCUGAGUAGCUAGGAUUACAGGAGCGUGUCACCAUUUCUGGCAAAUUUUUGUAUUCUUAGUAGAGACAGGGUUUCACCAUGUUGGCCAGGCUGGUCUCAAACUCCUGACCUCAAGUGAUCCACCCGCCUCAGCCUCUCAAAGUACUAGGAUUACAGGUGUGAGCCACCGCGCCUGGCCUCUCUUCCCCUUUUGCUGGUCUUCCUGGCUAGCAUGUUGAUGUCAUGUUAUUUUCUAAGUUAGGGUGGAAAUCACAGGUAGCAGAUGGCAUAGCAAACUGUCACAAAGAGGCUGGGAUCCCUAAUCGUUAUGGAGCCACCAUUUUAUUCUAGGACUGCCUACCUUUACCUGAGAGAAAGAAACUUUUUAUCUUUUUGCCAUUGUUGUUUUGGACUUUUCAUCUGAGUAUUUCUCUUUUAUUUUCUUCAAACAACUACACCUAUCUGAUAUUAUCUUGUUCAGUUUUCUUUGUUAUUUUCUGUCUUCUCCCUCUAGAAUACUAGCUUCGUGAAAAUAAAAAUCUUGUCUCUCUUGUUUCUGUUUGUUUCCUUAGCACAGUGCCUGGUAAAUAGUAAUGACUCAGUAAAUAUUUGUAGAUGAACGAAUGAAGACUAGAAGAUUCGAAUGGAAUUCUUCUAAAGGUAGUUCGUUUCUGCUUUAAGAGACUAUGGAAUUUAGAAAUCCAAAGAAACUGGCAGGUUUGUUACAUGUGAGGAAAUUGACAGAGGGGUUAUAUGACUCAAGCAACACAGGACCCUUGUCUUGCUAAUUGUUGGCCAAGUUCCCUAGCCAGGUCUGAGUUCUAACACACGACUGCCGCCUCUACUGUGUGUGCUGUUUGGUUGAUAAGCACCUAUCAAAGAUGCUGUAGACAGGAUUGCUCCGUGGCCUAAGGUUUGGACAGGAUGACCUAUUGCCCUUCCCCACACACGGUCGGGGUAUGAACAUAGCUUCCCAGGUAUCACAGAGCUUGGAAAGCCCAGCACCUGGGGGUAGUUAGUUGCAACUAGCAGGCAGCCCUAGCUGUUUAUUACCUGGGACUCUCGGGAAGGCAAGCUCCCGGUGCUGGGGAGGACGUUUGUCCCAGGCAUUCCUCUGGCAACCCUCUUCCUCCACCAGCUCCCAACAAAGACAUUUAAUCCCUUUCUUCCACUACCCUCCGCUCUACUUGGCUUGCAGUUGGAAGCUUAAGUACAAUUUGACCCAAGCCACCCCCUACUGCGCACCUGCCAUAGCGCUCGCGCCCCGGAGCCGGGCACGGCGUCGCGGGGGUGGGGAGGCGGCGCGUCCCCGAGCUGCGCUCCCUCGCGUACAGCCUCGGCUCUGGGUGCGAAGAUCCUCUCUGCCUCCGCUCACCCAGCCGCGCCGCCGCGCGGGAACGCGCCCCAGCGGAUGCCCUCUUGAGAGAGCGCGCACGCGCCGCCUCUCCCCGCCUCCCCGGUGCGCGUCCCGCCCCCUUGAGCUGCGAUACGCCGAGCGCUCAACAUCCGAGGACUUUGGCCCAGAGUAACCCCGCUCUCGUGACCUUUCCCCUCCAUUCGGGACCUCCGAGUGCUGGCCGGGCGAGAGGCUGGCGGCUGGGCUCUCGCGCCCCUCCCUGCAGGGCUCAGGCUCUCCCCCUCCUGUCUUCUCCGCGCUGUUCCUCGUCAUGGCGGCCCUCAGCAAGUCCAUCCCUCAUAACUGCUAUGAGAUCGGCCACACUUGGCACCCUUCCUGCCGGGUCUCCUUCCUGCAGAUCACCGGGGGCGCCCUGGAGGAGUCCCUGAAGAUCUAUGCUCCUCUGUACUUGAUUGCAGCAAUUCUCCGGAAACGGAAAUUAGACUAUUAUUUACACAAACUACUCCCUGAGAUCCUACAAUCCGCUUCAUUUCUAACUGCUAAUGGGGCCUUGUAUAUGGCUUCCUUUUGCAUUUUAAGGAAGAUACUUGGAAAAUUCUACUCAUGGACUCCUGGCUUUGGUGCCGCUCUGCCAGCAUCUUAUGUGGCCAUUCUCAUUGAAAGAAAAAGCAGGAGAGGGCUGCUCACAAUUUAUAUGGCCAACUUGGCCACAGAAACACUAUUCAGAAUGGGUGUAGCAAGAGGAACCAUCACAACAUUAAGAAAUGGAGAAGUCCUUUUGUUUUGCAUCACAGCUGCCAUGUACAUGUUCUUUUUCAGGUGCAAGGAUGGCUUGAAAGGAUUUACAUUUUCUGCACUUAGGUUCAUUGUAGGGAAGGAAGAAAUUCCCACACAUUCUUUUUCACCAGAGGCAGCAUAUGCAAAAGUGGAACAAAAGAGAGAGCAACAUGAGGAAAAACCCAGAAGAAUGAAUAUGAUUGGUCUAGUCAGGAAAUUUGUGGAUUCAAUAUGCAAACAUGGACCAAGGCAUAGAUGUUGCAAACAUUAUGAAGAUAAUUGCAUCUCUUAUUGCAUUAAAGGUUUCAUCAGAAUGUUUAGCGUGGGGUACUUGAUCCAGUGUUGCCUCCGAAUCCCUUCUGCAUUUAGGCAUCUGUUUACACAGCCAUCUCGGCUACUUUCUCUCUUCUACAAUAAAGAAAACUUCCAGCUUGGAGCUUUUCUUGGCUCUUUUGUUAGUAUAUACAAGGGUACUAGUUGCUUCCUGCGCUGGAUCAGAAACUUAGAUGAUGAACUACAUGCUAUUAUAGCUGGAUUUUUGGCAGGUAUAUCAAUGAUGUUUUAUAAAAGCACAACAAUUUCCAUGUAUUUAGCGUCCAAAUUGGUAGAGACAAUGUAUUUCAAAGGCAUUGAAGCAGGGAAGGUUCCCUAUUUUCCUCAUGCAGAUACUAUCAUCUAUUCCAUCUCUACAGCAAUUUGCUUCCAGGCAGCUGUCAUGGAAGUUCAGACUUUGAGACCAUCUUACUGGAAGUUCCUUUUAAGACUCACCAAGGGCAAAUUUGCUGUCAUGAACCGAAAAGUCCUUGAUGUUUUUGGUACUGGUGCAUCUAAACACUUUCAGGAUUUCAUCCCCAGGUUGGAUCCAAGAUACACAACUGUAACACCAGAGUUGCCCACAGAGUUUUCCUGAAGAUGACUGUAAUUUAUUAAUGUGACUAAAUGUUUCAUCUUGAAGAGUUAAUUAUGUUGAACACAAAGGAGGGGGCCCAAGCUUGAACUUCAGUGUUAUUUCAGUUAGAGAUACUCUUUUCAUUUGUUUUGUUUUUCUUAUGAAUCAGAAAUUCAGAAGCUUUUUAGGAAGAUGUUGCUUAAUAAUUAAGCUUCCUCCAUAGCCAGAAUAAGAUUCUGGAUCACUGUAGUGACUGACAUUAUUAUAUAUUAUUGAUCAAAUUAUGUCCACAAGCAAUAUUAUAUAAUCUACGUAGAAGUGUAAUAACAACCAAGAGUACACUUAAAAUUACUUUAAAAGAUGUCUUUAGUUCAUUCCAAUAUAAUUCUUGAUUAAAAUUAGGAUUAUUUCUACAUUUUAGGAUUUACAAAGGAUCACGGGUACAUGGAUUUGGUCUAUAUAUUUUUUUAAAGUUUUGAAUUGGUAUCUGUAGUAGUGGAAUGUUAUAGAUUUGAAGUAACUCUCCACGGACAGUGCUGCUUUCGUGUAGAGCAAUUUAAUUGGAGAAGUGGCCAUUCUUACUUCAGGGAUGCAAAGAUGGGUCUCAUACCAUUUGGAUAAAUGUCGUGGUAUCCAUGCUUUUUUUCAACUAAUAACAUCAUCUCUCUUCAUGACCAGUUAAUUGGGCUAUUUGGCAGCCCAGUGAACCUAUGUGCUAAUGGCAAGUUAGGGGCAAAUGGAAAUGGACACAUCUGAUAAAGUUGAAAUGUAUGUUUUAAUCUUUCACAGAAGUAUUACACUUGAAUAUUUAAAAACAAAACUUUUAAACUUCCUAUAGGUUUAUGAUGUUUGUUUUCAUUUAUAUGGACAUAAUCCUUCAUAGCUCAGUUUAUAUGCCAUUGUUGUAUUAGAAGGGAUCAAAAUCCUAUGGAACAAAGUAGUCUUGGCAAGUUGGCAGUUUGUGUCCUCUCAGCUGUUUAACUUAUGUAAUGGAUGUUUUGCACCUGAAAACACUGUAAAAAUCCAGUGGUUGUUUAAAAAGUCCAUUUGUCACUAAUUCCAUUCAGGUUCUCCAACCUUCUUGAAUAUCAUUGUCACCAUUUUUACUGUUAGAAUAAAGAGGUGACACCAUAAAGUCCUGCUGAUAAUGAGAGUAGUUCAGGACAGCUGUGAUUGAAAUAUGGUCACUAUUUACAGUUUUUCAGGGAAAAGUUAUACUUUUCUAUGUUAAUAAAGAGGUGAAGUGGUCUACAGUUAAUGUAACAUGUAGGGAUGAUGAUAUUUUUAAAAUACAUUUUGUUGCUAAAAAGUUUUUAGGCCAGUGCAAAUUAUGCAGUAGAACUUGUGUUGCAAAAGGAAUUAUAACCCAUACUUUAAAAAUGCUUAAUCCCUCAUAUUCAAUUUCAUCAAGCCUUGUAUACUUCUGCUUAAAUGUAAUUCAAUCCUUGGUUGUUACGGCAAACAGAAACCCACCAAAAAGACAGACUCUGGUACCAUGGUAACAGAGCCACUUUAUCAUUUGGUCAAAAUUUGGCAUUAUGAUUAGCUUUGUAGAACUGACCUGUUUAUUUGGCAAUGCUGUUAAAGGAUCAUUUUGGUUUCAGACUUCAAAGUUGAUUAAUAAAUUUAAUCUUAACUUUGUAUUCAUUGGAAUCAAAAUGAUGGUUGGUACUGUGUUUACUGUUUAAAAUGAAGUACUAAAGCCCUGAGAACUGCACCUCAUUUUCUUUAUCCAGAAAUUGUGCUUAUAUAUUUUCCUGUCAGGUUUAAAAAGAUGUUUUAAUUCAUAAAUUAUUGUUUUCAUUGACAUUAAAAGACUGUGAUAUUGAAAGAUGAAUUACGAAAUUUGCUGAGAUUGUUUAGUAAAAUUUUGCUGGUCAAAAAGGUGUAUUUCUACAAUUUACUUUUUCAUUUUUAUAAAUUGCAGUCAUUUUUUUAAAUUUUAUGUAAAAUGUAAAAUGAAAUAGCUAUCAUGAAGCAGAAUACAAUGAUGAAUGUAUAGGUUGAGUGAAUAACCAAUUUGCAGGGGUGGAUUGAGAAGUCCAGUUUGAUUUCAUUGGGACAGACUGCAAAGUGUAGUUGUUUGAGCAAACACAAAGAAACUUUGUGUUUUUGAAGACAAUCAGAAUGAUUACCUUUCUACCUCUAACUAAUCAGGUAUUGAUUGACAACUUUUUGGCAUUAUAAAUAAAGUAAAAUAGAUCUCUGCAUUCCAAAA